AUGACCCUGCCAAUCUGCUGUGCAGGAAUGGCCUCCACCGGGAACCUUUCUGAAGAGCAGGUGCACUGCUCCAUCUGUCUGGACGUCUUCACCAACCCCGUGUCCAUCCCCUGCGGACACAACUUCUGCCAGGGCUGCAUCCUGGGAUACUGGAAAACCAGCCCUUUGUACCAGUGCCCUAUGUGUAAGAAGUCUUUCUGCAAGAGGCCGGACAUUAGCGUCAACACGGUGCUGAGGGAAAUCGCAGAGCAGUUCAAGGAGAUCAGGGUUAGAAGUGCGGAAGAAAAGGUGAGCGAGGAGGUGGAAGGCGUGAGGGAGAAGAAGUGGACGAUGGAAAGAAAGAAAAAGGAGGAUGAGGAGAGGCUUUUGGAGGAGGAGCAGAAGCAAGAUGUUCGGGAGGAGGUGAGAAGUAAGGAAGAGAAAAUGCUUCUCCCAGAGGAUUUACCACCGCUUAUCCCCCCUGUGCCAGCACCCAGAAGAUCUCCUCCACCCUCACCAGAUCAGGAACCACCUCCACUGCUCCAAAUAUCCCCCCCACCUUCACCUCAAAUCCCUACUCCUUCACCUCCCUCCUCUUUACUCCCACUUCCUGCUUGGGAGGAGGUAUUCUGUGAUGUUUGCCUGGGCGACGGCAGACCAAAAGCCAUCAAAUCCUGCCUCGUGUGUCUCACCUCCUACUGCGAGGAGCACCUGAAGGCUCAUUCGGCCCGGUUCACCAAGCACAAGCUGAUGGAGCCCGUCGCCAACAUGGAGGACCGGAUGUGUCCGAAGCACGAGAGGCUCCUGGAGCUCUUUUGUAAGAAGGACCAGACCUGUGUGUGCGUCCUCUGCACCGAGACCGACCACCGGGCGCACUACACCGUCCCCGUGGAGAGGGAAUGGAUGGAGAAAAAGGCGCAGCUGAAGAUGACAGAAAUAGACAUCCAGCAGAUGAUCCAGGAGAGAGAGAAAAAGUUGCAUGAGAUCAAACUCUGCGUGGAAGAAAACAAAGCCAGCGCUCAGAGGGAGGUCGAGGAGAGCAUGCAGGUCGUCUCAGAGCUGGUUCGCUCCAUCCAUAAGACUCAGGGCGAGCUGGUUUUGGGCAUAGAGGAGAAGCAGAGGCAGACGGAGAGGUGGGCUGACGGCCUUGUCGCUGGACUGGAGCAGGAAAUCGCUGAGCUGAAGAGGAGGAACACAGACCUGGAAAUCGUGGCUCGGACAGACCACAUUCACUUCUUAAAGAGCUUCCCAGCCCUUAGCACUCCUCCUUCUGUCAAAGACUGGUCUGAGACCAGUGUUCCCACUGCCAUGUGUGUCGGCAUGAUCAGGAGAUCUUUGUCCAAACUGGAGGUAGCAUUAAAGGAAAUGAUCCGCAAACUGGCGGAAAGUGAGAUCAAGAAGAUUCUGAAAUAUACAGUGGACGUAACCCUGGACCCUGAGUCCGCCAACCCCUGGUUGCAGCUUUCUCAGGACAGGCAUCAGGUGAGACACCUGGGUGCAUGGCAGGACCUCCCAGAUCAUCCUCAACGCUUCGACACCGUGGUCGUCGUCCUGGGCCGCGAGGGCUUCACCUCAGGAAGACAUUACUGGGAGGUCCAGGUGGGGGACAAGGAUGACUGGUACAUGGGUGUGGCCAGGUCUUCGGUCAACAGGAAGGGCAAAAUUGCUAUAAGUACUUCCCAAGGCUACUGGGCUCUGGCCAUGAAGAAAGGCCAGGGGUAUCGUGUGUCAACAUCCCCGCCGUUACCGCUUGCCAUCGACCCCAAGCUCAAGCGAGUGGGCGUGUACGUGGACUACGAGGAGGGGCAAGUGUCCUUUUAUGAUGUGAAGGCUUUGACCCACAUUUACACAUUCAAAGAUACGUUCACAGAGAAGAUCUUGCCCUUCUUCUACCUGUACUGCUGCGACAAAGCCUCUGAUACCAUUGUGAUAUCUACUGUGAUUGAGAAGAGCCCGAUCAAGCAAAGCUAAGGACACGUUUGACAGUAAAAACAGCACUGAAAAUAUGUACGAGAGUGAAAACUGACUGUGUUAUGUUGCAGCCGCCAUACUUGCUCUGAUCAAAUCCUGUAUAUGUAUUACAUUUACAGUGUAGCCCUACAAUAUAUUGAUUCAACAACUUAUGUAUUAUAUCUGUUCAUGUUAUAUGAAGCCUUAAAGGGAUAGUUUGACAUUUUGGGAAAAAUACAUCAUAAAAUACAACUCUCAUCACUAAAUCUGAUUUUAAUUUUCUCUCACUUGAAAACUGUUUUGCGUUAUGCGUAGCGGGAAGGUGUACUCGCACAUCUCAUCCCUUAAUGGUCGCCAUAUCGUCUACUUAGUAAAAGGGGAGAAACAAGUAAUGAUGGCAGUUGUUAAGCAACACAUAUUUGAUUGUUUCUCUAGAUACCCCAUGUUAUCAGGUUUAAGCCAUCAGUAUGAUUAUUUGGUUAAUUAAGCAGUCUGUAAUUAUUUGGUACAGCAAACGAUAACGCCAAUGCUAGCUAGCUAGAUUGAAAUGUAUACCAGCAAGUUAACAGUGUAGCCUACAACAUGAAAGUAACCAAAAUUGAGACACAGGAUAGAGCAGUGAGUUCGCUUAGCAUAAAUGGGGGUUUUACAGUAUGUUCAAAAAUAUUUCUUCUUUGUUUUGCACAACUAAUAUGAUUUAUAAGAAGUGAACUUGUACAGACGCAGGCUAGCUGUUUCCAGUACUUAUGCUAAGCUUACAAUAUUUACCAUUCAGACAUAAAAGUAAAAAACAGUUUUGAAACAGUUGGUCUUUCAUGUAACUCUCAGCAAGAACAUGUAGUUUCUAUAAUUACCGCUUCUAACCGCAUGACAUUUCAUAAAAUCUAAAGAAAGUGUAGUUUCCAGAUUUCCAGAUUGCAUGUUGAUUUUUAAUCAAGUGUGAUUGAUACGGCUAAGGUUGCUACGUGAGUUCAUGAUUUAUAACAAUAAAUGUUCCUUGAAGAAAUCUCA